AUUAUCAACAGUAUGUUAUUCAGAAUGUGUGCUCCUGUUAUAAAACUUGAACUGCAGCGAAUACAUCAGUAGAUAAAACUUUAAAUGGCGACUUAGUAGCAAAAUUAGCAAGUUGAAAAGUUUUGGUUGCCAGUUAUAUAAGUUGGCAGAUAUUAUGCCCGGAUUGUUCAGACCAGCAUUACUGGCUGUUGUGAUAUUUGCUCUUUCGGUGGUUUUCAUUUUCGACAGACAGCGGGUUCUAACUGAACAGAUUUCUUCAAUGUUUGAUCGGGUUGAACUUAUAAAGGAAGAACAGCUCAGACUUUCCGUCAUGCAUGACCGAUUUGCCUCUGACGUCAACAAAACAAUGUCCGUAAUGCGAUCUCAGGAUCGUCAGAUCGAAAUCCUGGACCAGCAGUCGCGGAGGUACAACCUUCGUUUUCUAGGGAUCCCAGAGCGAGAGGACCAAGAUCUUUUAUCUUUGGUUUCUGAGAUCAUUGAGAGGAAGAUGGGAAUCACAAUUGGGGGUCGAGGGAUUGAAUCAGCAAAAAGAAUCGACGAAGGUGUUAGACCGAGGCCAGUUCUUGUAAAGUUCUCUCGGUGGAAAGAAAAGUCGAGAGUUGCCCACAAACGAAAAUCACUUCCUAAAUCUAUGGAGAUCGAAGACGAUCUCACCGACUUUCAAAAAUCAAUCAAAUUUCAACUAAAAGAAAUUGCCCGGAAAGCCGAAAGGGAGGGCAAGGGUGUAAGAUGGUACGGAAAACAACUUUUUGUGGACGGAAAAGAAAUUAAGUUGGAAGACGUUCGAACAUGAAUAGAAAAGCUUCCUUUGUUUUUAUAUUCUCUUUUUACUACCUGUCAUUUUUGUGAAAAUGUCGACAUACGAAAAUUAUUUGGGCGUUUUUACGACUAAAAGCGUUCGAAUGGUUUACGAUGUA